GUCAAGUUGUCAAGUCAUAGAAUCAUUUCAGUACGUAUUCAUUUCAUUCAUUUCACGUAGAUUUUCAGGAAUUUUGAGGCACUGAUUGGUGAAUUGAAUGGAAACAAAAAAAUACUGAUAAGAAAUGGAAAACAAAGUAGCGAUUGUUUAGGUUUUAUUUAUAAAUAAACAAGUUCAUGUUAAAAAAACUUGUGUUGAUUACGUCCAGCGCUGUUUAAAUGACAAAAUAUACGAAACAAAUAUUAUUUUCUAAUUGGACUGUGGUCGUAACGUGUUGAUGACUGUUCGUUUAGAAAAGAGUCGUAAACAACUAACAAGUGCGGCUACGGUCGGUACCUACUGACUGGCUGAAAGAUGGCUCUAGGAGGAUCAACUUAUUUAAAAAGCGCCACAAUGCUUGAACAAUUACUGGAGGAAAUCAAUUUUCAAAGGACCAAAGAGAUGCGUCAGCUGAUGAAGGAUGAUUGUGGUUUCGUAGUUCUGCAAGGAACAACAUACUGGACAGAUCUGUUUGUGCGGCACUUUCUGUUCCAAGAGGAGCAGUCGAUAGACUGUGACGACUUGUUGUUCUUUGUUAGAAAGCGGCACGUGAAGGGCUCCUCCCGCUACCUGCCCAAGUACGAGACCGACGUCGAGGUGUUCCGCAAGGAUUCCAAGAAAUUGCCCAUCGGAGACCCAGAGAUCGACUGGGAGGAGACGGUCUACCUUAAUCUGAUCGUGCAUCAGUUCGACUAUACGCUAACGCUGGCCAUCUGCACGCGGACCAGCCCCAAGGAGCUGCAGGUCCUCAAACGGCACUCGCAAAAGGUGUACGCGUCGCCGAGCCGCCGCAAGAUGGACACCAAGGGCGAGGGCGAGGAGAUGACAUACCCCCACAUCUGCUUCAUGGUCGACAACUUUGACGAGGUGUUCUGCGACAUCGUGGUGCGCGACGGGGAGAUGGUGUGCGUGGAGCUGGUGGCGCGGGGCCGCGGCUGCGCGCCGCAGGCCGUCAUAUUCCUCGGCUCCAUCCGCUACGACAUCCUCACCAGGGUCUACGACUCCAGGCAAACGUCCCUAUCGACGAAAGUGGCGCAGCGCAUGUCUUUCGGGCUGCUGGGUGGGAAGGCGGCGGCGCGGUGUGAGUUCGUGCGGAUGAAGGGGCCCAGCGGCAAGGGACACGCCGAGAUGGCGGUGUCCAGGCCCCGGGCCGCCGGGCUCGACACACCCACCUCCGAGCCCGGCCUGUCCGCCACGGACAUGUGGGACAGCGACUGGGACGACGACCCCGAGGAGAUGUUUAUGUACAGGCACCAGCGCCGGCUGAGCGACCCGAGCGCCAACAUCAACAACUUCGUGCGCGGCGGCUGGCGCACGCGGGACUCGCGCGACAAGAGCCGCUCCGAGAACGAGGGGCUGGACUCCCUCGUCAACGGCAUCGCCGAGGUGGAGGCCGGGGACCUGCGCGACGAGUUGGACGACGGCGCGUACAACCCGCUGUGGGCGAUGCGUGGGUUCACGCAGACGUUCCACCUGUGGAAGGAGGGCAAGCGCCAGCAGUCCACGCCGCUCAACGCGUACCUCACCUACGUCACGCUGCCGUGGUGGACCAUCGCCAAAGAUAUCCUGGACCACCGCGAGGAGCCGGUGCUGACGUUCUGAGCUCGAGCGGAGCGGCCUGACCACGACACCCUCGCGGACUCUCCGUGCGGCGAACUAACGCACAAACAUCGACAUCGUUCCACUUAUCCAUAAGUAAACAUGUUCCGCAUGAUAUUGUCCAGCGGUACUUGUGUGACCAGUACCUACCAGUCGCCAGAUGUUGCCAAUAUUCCUUCCAAACACUUGCUCUCAGCUGAAGUGCCUAACCUAUUAUUGUUCAAAUACUUAAACGACUCAAUUUAAAAACAUUCUUGAAAAUAUGUCUGUCACUACAAAUACUAUACAAAAUGACAGAUAUGGCACGAUAUUUAAAACACCUUAAAAAUUAGUAACAUUUCAGUAUUCGGGCGUAAACUUCAAGGGUUACUCAAUAUAUAAUUAUCAGAUUGUUCACAGUAAGUGAGAGAUGCCAUUCUGAGGUUAUUGUUACCGAUUGAUCGAUUAGUGAGUAGUCGAGUCAAGUUAUCGAUAAGUGGUACUUCACUAUCUCUGGUAUACAUUGAAACCAAUUUAUCUACUUUACUAUUAUUAAAAUGAGUAUAGCAUUACUGUUUUUGGAGUGAAUAUUGCCAACAUGAUAUAAUUUGUUGAAUUGAGCCGGUGCGUCUACCGGCGACCUACUAGACCUACAUAUUGUUCUUCCAAAAGAGAUAUUCGAGUUCCCGGGCUUCCGCGACACGAGUGUAAUGUUAAGUCUGCCACUGCGGUACGUGAGGGUGUGAGCAUUGCCUUACAAUCGCGGCGAGAAGUUAUCAAUAUUUCGGUGUCGUGAUGUGAUCAUUGAUAUUACUAGUAAGCUUGCGCUCUACACCUGUGAUCGAUGCAGUCCCUCCGCGUAAUUUCUCAUAGAAAUUAUCAGAUAGCAGUGAUCUUCGUUUGUUUAUAUUCGAUCACAUAGACGUCGUUCUAAAAAUUUUCUUACAAACGUAAUCUGGAAAUGUAUAAAGGAAUAAACAUGACACAGACUCAACAAGUACCAGGGUUCAUUUAAUCCAUUACAUAAGUCGAAACAUAAUAAUUAUUGUUAAUUUAAUUUGUUUCUUCCUGCUUUAUAUUUCCUCAUAAUAAAACAAGUAAGAUAUAACAGGGAUACAUUUGGAUAGGCCGCAGAAUAUUGCUAGACCGUAAUUAGUAGAACAGGAUACUAUUAAUAAUUAUUUAUAUUUAUACUUACGUGAUUUACCUUACAUUGUUUUAGAUAAAUUUACGAAUUGUAAAUGCCAAAUGGACUGGUCGAUCACAGGUAGAUAUUAUCAACCAUUAUGAUUAUUUUGACUUACUAUUGACAUACGACAUGUAACAUGCAGCAUGUAGUGCAACAGAGGGCACGCUACACAUAUCAUCAAUAUGUAUUAUUCUGUCUACAUUCUCGCUUCAACUAACUAAUAAGCUUUUUAAAUUCGACGAACAUUGUGCUUAUUUGAAGGAACACGUUUAAAUUUAUUAUCAUUCUUACAGUGAUAUGUGUUGUAUAAUUGAUUCUAAAAUGACAAUGUAAUAAGUUAAUUCUUAAGUUUAUUUCUCCAAAACAUUCCAUGUAAGACAAGACUGCUACGAUGUAGAUUAUGAUCGAUGAAAGAGGAUCGUAAUGUAGUAACCGCACGCUUAUUAUUUAUUUAUUUAUUUAAUUACAUAAGCGAACCAAAUACUCGAGCAACUAUCUAGUCACAACUUAGUUUAAGAUUAUUUUGUAAGUGUUGUAAUCUCAGCCAGUGACAGUGAGCACUGGCCGGACGUUAUACAGAAUGUGAUCGUCACAACUAUGUUUCAAUAGAGGACAUGUACACAAGAUGUAAAGGACAUUAUUUUUGUAAUAGCUACGAGAGUUACUGGUUAUCGAAUUAGUUGAUGUAUUUUUAUAUCGAGCCUCACUGGGAGUUACUCCGUACUUAAUAUUGUAAGUUACUCUGGAUUUGAAACGAACGAUGAUAAACUUUAACCUGUGAGUGUGUAACUACGAGUUGUGUUAGAACAAACAUUAAUGUUUAUAUCUCAGAACUAUACAGUAACUUGUGUUGGGGGCUAUUUUAUCAUCUCCGAGCGACUUCCAGCCAGACUACUUGUUGCUACCUCGUUCCAAUAAAUCUGUCCCUGGGGUGGUGAAAUAGUCUCCGUUUUAGUAUAUUUGUAUAAUGAUAUUUUUGUAUUACGAAGUUAUAGGUCAUGUGUUAAGCCUUACUCAGUGAGAUACGUCAUCAUUCGCCAUACGAGUGCGAGUGUCGCACGACUGCUGUGAACUCAUAUACUUAUAUGUUUCAAACGAACGACUCUAGUCAAGAUAUACCAAUACGUGCAUAGUUUAAUAUUUAUAUGAUAUGACUGAAUUAAAAAAUUGCAUCUGCA